UCCCAUUGUUAGGGUGGAGACAUGAGCAUCUCGUCAUUAUAUAUUUUUCUAAGUGAACGGGGAACAACCCUGACAGCUGAUUUCAAGACUAUGACACGAAUGUUGGCAAGCGACUUUUUGUAGUGUGUGUAAUCAAUUAGCUUUGAAGUGAUUUGUAGACCGUGAAUGUCUGUUUUGUAAAGGACCUUUCAUCUUACUUGCAGUAGGCGGUGGAUGUGGCCACAACAUUUAUCGCCUGGGUAUAAAAACGAAAGGCAACAACACGGACCGAAAAUUAAAUAACUUGCCAGACUGAAAUGUAACGACUUGAUUUGACCACUUCGGUAACUUCAUCACGGCUGCUACAGGCGAUGAGUGAUGGAGCCGGGUUCGGUGGUCCGUGCCGUGUUUGAGUUCCUGCCCAGCGUCUCUGAGGAGCUGCCCCUCUUCACUGGCGAUGUCAUCGAGGUGCUCAACGUGGUGGAUGAGUUCUGGUUGCUCGGCAACAAGGACGGAGUCACAGGCCAGUUUCCCAGCACUUUUGUGGAAGCAGUCACCAUCCCCAGCACCAAACCAGAGGAUAAACUGUAUGUGUGUAUCAACGACUUCAGUACUGCAAAGCCAGGGAACCUACCCCUGCAGAGAGGUGAUGUGGUGGCAGCCGAGAGCAGCGUGGACCCAGGGACAGCCUGGCAGAGGGGGCGUAAUGCCUGGGGAGCUCGUGGCCUCUUCCCUGUGUCCUGCGUGAAAGAGCUCCACCUGUCGGGUCGCUCCAGGCAGCUGUCGGAGCGCAGCGCCCAGGCCCAGGCUUCCGAGCUCCCCCCAUAUGCCUUCGGCCAGGCCAGGGCCCUCAUGGACCUCCACGCACAGCUCCAUGAGGAGUUAGACUUCCGCAAGGGGGACCUUAUCACAAUCAUCGGCCUUCCUGAGUCUGGCUGGUUCCAGGGAGAGCUGGUCGGACGCAGGGGGGUGUUUCCCGAGGGAUUCGUGGAGCUUCUGGGGCCCCUGAGGUCCCCACAUGAUACAGAGGCUGACCCCAUGAGCUACAAGACUGAACCUUUGACCUAUGAGCCCUACAGUAGUGGGGAAGGGAUUGAGGAGGUGUUUUCCGGGGAGGUUGAAGAAGAGGAGGAGGAUGGGGUGUAUGGGGUAGCACUGCACGACUUUCGGGCCAUGGAGCCAGGAGAGUUGGAAUUUGACGUGGGGGACCGUAUCCGGGUGCUGAACACCCUGGAGGACGGUUGGCUGGAGGGCGAGCUGAGAGGGCGAUGUGGUGUCUUUCCACAUCGCUUUGUCAAGAUUGAGGACGAUGGGCAAAACGUGAGGGAAGACAUGGAAGCUGUAAAAAGAGAAGGGGUGGAGGAGUAUAGCAGCUACACCUUGGACUGCAGCUCCGGUCAACAGGACCAUAGCAAGACGAAGUACGGUUCUGAGUGGAGACCCCAAGAGGACCACACUGUGUGGGACCUGGAUUACUUUGAUAGGGCGGAAGAAAGGAGAUGGCAGGGGGACUCUGUCAGCGAGAUGCUUUCCCAGGAGAGUGCAGGGGAGCGGACCCAGGACAGGGGGGAGAGAAGAGAUAGGGCUGAACCGCAAACUCACAGGCCUACAGCCCACCAUGGGCCCCAGAGACCCAGCUCUGUCCCUCCGGCAAGGCCCAGGCUUCCCCCUCGGCCUAGUGUGCCAGCUCUGGGCCACAGGCAUCACAUCAGCCCUACCGCCACCAAUAAUGGUAGCAGGACUAGCCACCCUGAUACGACCCUACCACCACUACUCAACAGAGCCCUUAGCCUAGCUACACCUAGCACCCAGUCUGCCUGGUCCAAAGAUAAUGGCCACUACCUCGGAGCACCAGAGGGCACCACUAGAAAUGACAAAGGUCCUAGUCUGGGCAAGGCAUUGUUAAGUCUAGUGGUGGAGGGCCACAGGCAGAAAAAGCUGACCCGCCACUCCAGCGUCAACGACGCCGACUUGCUACUGGGUUGCCGCGGUGAGCGCAGGGCGCUGUCCCAGCAGAAGGGACAGGGCUCCAAUGGUCUCCUGCCCGCUUCCCUCACGUUGGAUUCCCUGGCAACAUCAGCCGGCGACCUGGAGACCAAGUUAUCCCAGCAGCUCUUGCAAUUUGAGAAGAGCCUGCCGGGGCACGGAGGGGCCAAUGUUGUCGGGGCUGCUGCUAGGGAUGUUGUCGGGGCUGCUGCCGGGGAUAAUGCAAGCCGACAAUCCAACAUCUCCCGUCACUUUUCCAUACUGGACUUCAGUAGCGAGAGCGACAUCAUGCGAGGCUCCUCCCACUCCCAACUGACCCUCCUCCAACCCUCUUCCUCCCUGGAGAGAUGCAAGACCCUUCGCCCCCCUCCCCCUCGUCCAAGAAUCCUCCACCCCCCAGUUCGAGCUCCCUACAAACCGGCACGCCCUGCGCCUCGCCCACCCCCACACUGCCCCCGGCAACCAUCCCCUCCCCUUAACAACCUCCAGCCCUUUGGACCCCUCUUCUACACCCGCGAGGAGGGGGAGGGGUCUGCGACAGAGACUGAUGAGAGGAGAGAAGAGUCUGAACCUGCCUUCGGUGACCUGGCUCUGGAGCAAGAGAAGGAGAUAGAGCAGCACCUUGAGAUGGAGAUGGACAGGGAGAUCAAGAUUGAGAGGCAAAGAGAGAUGCAGCAAGAGGAGGAGUACAGGCUGCUGCUGCGGCUGCAGGAGAUGGAGAAGGACAUGGAGGCGUACGCUCACACAGCCGCGGAGCUGAGGGCCAUGCUGGAGGAGGAGGAGGAGGAGGAGACGGCCUGUCUGCAGACCCUGGAGAACCUGGAAUUCUGCACUUACACCCUGUCAACUCUGGCCCUGGAACAGCAGCAUCUACAGCAGCAGCUACAAGAUCUGAACAACAGCAGCAGCUACUAG